UGAGCGGGGAGCAUUCUCGCUGGCAGUCUGGGCCACGGGCAGCUGGAGCCUCGGCCGAGCAGCCAGCCUCUUGGAAAGAGCUUGCCGCGGUCCCCGGAGCCGCUCGCGGAGGCCCGCUUGGCCGCGCUGCCCCGCCGCAGGAGAGGGAGGCUGCAGCAGAGGCAGCGGCGAGCGGGCGCGGCAGGCGGCCAGCCCGCGGCGCAGCCGGAGAGCCACGCGAGCUCCGCGCCCGGACGCACGCACGCACGGUCCGCGGCUCGCGCCUUUCCCAGCCUCGGGGCGCCCGGCCUCCCCGCCCCCUGGCCCGGGCUGCGGCGGCGCGGCCGAGGAGCAGCAUGAAUCUGCGGCGCUGCGUGCAGGCGCUCCUGCUGCUCUGGCUCUCCCUGACUGCGGCGUGUGGAGGGCCCCUGCCGCAGCCUGCUGAUGGCAAGGGGCUGGAGGAGGGCAGCGUCCGCCACCUGGUGCAGCCCAGAGGCUCGAGGAAUGGACCGGGGCCCUGGCAGGGCGGUCGGAGGAAAUUUCGCCGCCAGCGGCCACGCCUCUCCCACAAGGGCCCCAUGCCUUUCUGAAGCAGGACGGAAGAGGCCCCGGGGUGCCCGCCCCCUGUGAAUCUGGCUACCCCAUAGAUUGGUCUGCUUCUCUGGAGCCCUCACUUCCAUUCGCCUCUCUCCUCACACCUGUCCUCACUGCUGAUGGUCCCGACUCUUCUCACCCACCAGCUGCCCCGAAUGGCGUGGACCUGCCCCUAGUUCGGAUGGUUCCCUUUCUUUCCACGGAUCCGUCCAGCAACUCUUCCUGACCCUCCCCUGGACUGACUUUGGAGACCCAGCACUGGAAGGCCUGCCUUCUCCCCGGCCCUCGCCUUCCCCUAGCCCCCACCUCUCCCUGCCCAACAGCCCAAGCUCCGCCCAGCCCUUCCUUCCCUCACCGGGGCUGGGCGGGGAACAUUCCCUUCUUCGGGGGGGGGGGGGGGGCUCCAGAAGAUCCCUUCAAAUGGACCCUUCACCCUUCAAGGAGGUGCUGGUUAGAGGGGCUGGGGGCAUUGAUUGGGAUGUGCACAAGGUGCCUUGGGGGGCAUUGGAAUGGGGUUCCGUCCUCUGGAAAGGGGAGUGGGAAAGCAUUGGAGAAGAGGAGGACUAGCUGCUGUGGCCUUUUCCACAUGCCAUGUUUGGCUUCAGGGAGAGGUGAAGGAGAGGGGCCAUGAAGUACUUUGUCACCUCUCUGUGUCUCCUAACACUGCCCCCCACCUCACCCCCCAACUCCCUCCCUCCCUUGCCCGCUAGUUCAAGCUCUCACUCAGGAGAUGGUUCUAUAUCCUCCCAGGAGCAAAAGCCAAACAGGACGGUAUUUUUUUGCCAAGAAUCAAAGAAUGUCAGAGCCAAAAUGAACCUUGGUGAUCACUUAGCUCUGCCUCCUUAUGCAAACUCAUGUAAAACCAGGCCUGGAGAGGGACAGCAACCUAUUCUUAUUCGGGGUCACCGCACAGCCAGAAGGAGGACCCAGGUCUCCCCACUCCCACGUGAUGAAGUCCUCUUCCCUCUUGAUGAUAUUUUUUCAAAACACAUUGAGUGCCUUUCCCGUGGUUGGGGCUGGGGGUGUCUGGGAAGGGAGGGGCAGGCCAGCUAUGAACUGCCCCAUGGCGGUAUGGGGACCCAGCUGCUCCUGCCUCCCUGGGCUGCCCCUGCUGGUCCAUUCCCCGACCUGGGCUGAGAAGGUCCCUGGCCAGCUGCCCCCUGCCCACAGCGCUACCAAAGCCCGUGUGCUCUCCCAGGGACAGCUCAGGUACUGAGUCUCCCACGCCAGCCCCAAUACUGGUUUUCGCUAGCCAGGAUGUAGCCUUAAGUCACUGGACUCGGUAGCCUUCCCUUCACGUUGACUGGACCUUCUUUCCCAGUGGCCUUUCCUUAAGGGAGGGGCAAGGGGGAGAAGAAGGAAGGAGAGAAGGAAGGAAGGAAGGAAAGCUGGGAGGAAAUACAGGUCUGAGCAGGCUUCCUUCUCAGACGCCUCCCAGGAGGGAGGAAAUGGGAAACCAGAGUCUGAUGGCCCACCUAUGUAUGUGUGGGGACAGGGGGGGGUCAGGGCCCUCCGAGUCCCAUGGUAACCCCGACGUCGCCUAACCACCUCUCCCCCUCACUUCCGCUGCUGCUAAUGCUGCUGCCGCCGCUGCUGCUUCAAGGCCCACCCUGAGGAGCGGGGCUGAGCACCCGCUUCCCCCACAGCCCUCAGGCUGGCAGUGGGGACUGGCCAGGGUCCAGAAGGCCUCGUCUGCCACUGGUGCCCCCACCCGGGCUUGGGUCUUCUUUCCCCUCCUCCUUUCUGCGUCUCCUGCCUCAGCAGCUGUCCAGCCAGCCCCGUGGGUUAGGGGGGAAAGUUGGUCAAGUCCAGAGACACAGGGCAGAAGAGAGUAGUAGGUGGCUGGGGUCCUGUCUUAUUUAAAAUGAUUGUGUAUGAUUCUUCUACUAAUUUAUACAAAGAUAUUAAGGCCCUUUUCUUUAAGAAAUUGUCUCCUUCUCAUAAUUGUGUUCACUGUGUUUGUAAAGAUUGUUCUGUGUAAAUAUGUCUUUAUAAUAAAGAGUUAAAAGCUGACAAUUCACCCUUACUCUUGAAGAUCAUGUUCAGGAGGGGCAUUCCUGUCCCCCGAGGUCCACAGUUGUCCCCGUGCCCAUAUACUGCCCUUGCACGGAGGGAAGUGCCUGCAUCCCAGAUCGAUUCCAGGUCAAACGGCCUCGAACCACUUGGCCACAAACUCAUGAAAGGAACCUCUGUGCUUAAUGACCGGUUCCCAUAAUGUUCAGUCCACUUUUAAGUGUUUGGGCAUCUGUUUGGGUGUCCUUUUUUUUUUUCUUCCUUUGGUGCCAUUUAAAGCUUUUUACAAAGCAAUUGGUAUAAAGACAUUCUGGUUAAAGGUGGGAUUCCUACUCAAAGCUGUUUUAUAUCCUUGGUGGGUGUCUUCUAAUUUUAUCUACUUUUGAACACUUUCGGGACUUUUUAGUCAGGUUGCCUUUCCUGAAAAUGGUUAUGUUUCCUGCAAUAAGUACACUUGGUAAUGACUUUGUUAUGUAUCAUUUUAUGUUUCACAAAAUAGAGCUGCUUGAUAAAUGAGAAAGCCUGAAAAAUAAAAUGCAAGGAGUUCAAUACAA